AUGGCUAUAUCUGCAGUAGAGGCGGCUCAAAAUGAGGGACCGGUGAUAUUGGCUGCAAGUUGGAUCCUGAUUGUCGUUCCUGGUCUGUUCGUUGCGCUGCGACUAUACUGUAAGAUCAUACUUGCGAGGGGAUAUGGGUGGGAUGAUGCCGUUUGUGUUUUUGCUUGGAUGCUGCAACUCGUUUACACUGGCUUGAUUACGAAGGGAGUACAGAUGGGAGUUAUUGGAAGACAUGGCGAAGCUAUCGAGGAUCAAAAUCUCCUACCCCACGCACUGAAACUAGUCUAUAUUGGCUUUGUGAUUAUUAUCUUCGGUUGCGUCUUCGCGAAGACAUCAUUCGUUAUAACUUUGCUGCGGAUAGUAACAAGUCCAUGGCAGAAGAUGGUGCUGUGGUUUAUCAUGAUCAGCAUGAACGCCAUAAUGUGGCUCUGUGGCAUAUGCUACUUGGCUCAAUGCAGGCCAGCGGCUGCACUUUGGAAUACAACACUGAUGGCUACAGCCAAGUGUUGGCCCACUAGUGUCUUUGAGAACAUCGCCUUAACUGCGGGAGGUAAAGUCGAAUCCAAGUCCAGCUUGAACCGCAACGCAAUUUUUAUACUCACACGUUGGUCCUCAGCAUACUCCGGAUGUAUGGACUUUAUCCUCGCUCUAUUCCCUUGGGUAAUCCUCUGGAAACUUCAAAUGAAAAAGCGCGAGAAGUUCGGCAUUAUCAUCGCUAUGAGUAUGGGUAUUUUUGCCUCGGUAGCAGCGUUCAUCAAAACAUCCAAACUCGUCAACGUCUCCAAGCUUAACGACUUCACAUACUACUGCACCCCCAUCGUUCUUUGGGCUUCUGCCGAAACAGGCCUAACAAUAUUCGCCGCUUCAAUCCCAAGCCUCCGCAUCCUCCUCGUACGCAUGCGCUCCUCAAAAGAAGAAACGGAUCCCUACGCAAACUAUUCUGGUAAACGUCGCAGCGCUAUACGCACCGGUAACGGCAAAGACCGAUCGGACCCCUACUAUUAUAUGAAUGGCGACAUGAUAACAUUGAACGACCGAAAGGAUGACGACAGUGGUAAGAGUAUUUUGAGUGACGCGGGAAUCAAGCAGACUCAAGAGAUCUCAGUUACGUAUGAGGUUAUCCCCAAUGAGAGCAAUGAGACAUCAUUCGCGAAUCCGGUUUAUCUUUUCCACCAUGGGAAAAGCACCGUUUGA